CGGGGACUGUUGACGAUGUGACUCAAGAGUGGACAGACGGGAAACUGCUAGCAUCUCCCUGCUGCAUCUUUAUCCUUAAGGCAGUUUAUGUGUCCUUUCUUCGUAAAUGAGCGGGGAUGAGUGAAGAUGACGGGAUCGGCAGCAAAAGGAGAGUUGCGUAUGUUUACAGCGCACAGCUCCUGGAGACUUGCGACACUUUAUCCAAAGUACCGAAACGGGCCAGCAUGGUGCACUCGCUGAUCGAAGCCUACGGACUGCUGGACCACAUGAGUACUGUGAAACCUCGUGUUGCCACCAUGGAGGAAAUGUCAAAGUUCCACACAGACUCCUAUCUGGAGCAUCUUCAUAAGAUCAGCCAGGAUGGGGACAACGACGACCCCCAGUCGGCUGAUUUUGGACUUGGCUAUGACUGUCCAGUCACGGAGGGCAUUUAUGACUACGCAGCUUCAGUAGGGGGCGCUACACUAACAGCAGCGCAGUGUCUGUUGGACCAAAAAUGUGACGUGGCAAUCAACUGGGCAGGAGGGUGGCAUCACGCUAAAAAAGAUGAGGCUUCGGGUUUCUGUUAUGUGAAUGAUGCCGUGUUGGGAAUCCUCAAGCUCAGAGAGAAAUAUGAAAGAGUGCUUUACGUUGAUGUUGACUUGCACCAUGGAGAUGGUGUUGAAGAGGCGUUCAGUUUCACCUCUAAAGUUAUGACUGUUUCCCUGCAUAAGUUUUCUCCUGGAUUCUUCCCUGGUACAGGUGACCUUUGUGACACAGGGCUGGGGAAAGGUCGCUGGUAUGCUGUCAACGUUCCUCUUGAGGAUGGUAUCAAGGACGACAGAUACUACCAAGUUUUCACCAGUGUCCUGCAGGAGGUCCGAGCACAGUUCAACCCAGAGGCGCUGGUAAUGCAGCUGGGUGCCGACACCAUGGCAGGUGAUCCCAUGUGCUCCUUCAACAUGACCCCGGUGGGGGUGAGCAGAUGUCUACAGUACUUGCUACAGUGGCAGCUACCCACUCUUCUGCUGGGAGGAGGAGGUUAUAAUCUUCCCAAUACAGCUCGCUGUUGGACGUACCUGACGGCAGAGGUGCUGGGAAAGACUCUGUCCUCUGAAAUACCUGACCACGAGUUCUUCACAGAAUACGGACCAGACUACACCCUGGAAAUCAGUCCAAGCUGUAGACCAGACCGCAACGACAGCAGACACCUGGAGCAGGUCACCAGAACCAUCAAAGGGAAUUUGAAGAAUGUUGUUUAGGACCCGGAUGCCUCUGGCCUCACACUCCAGCCCAUUUAAGCCUGACGGUUCUGAACCAAUCCCCUCUCUGCUGCUCUAAUGAGGACAAUGUGGAGCGGACCACUCCUGCCCCGAGGACAGCACUGAGCGAGGGAGGGGGACUAGAGAACAAGGAGGCAUUACAAAAUAUUACCAGUCUUUAAGGGAGAAAAUGUAACAGGAGUGCUGCUGUUUGUAAUUUUUUUUUUUUUAAUAUAUUUUUUAUGUUGUGUAUGUUUGUUUAUAAUGUUGGAAUGGGAGGGGGUCCAUCCACCAAUCACAUGUAGGUAUAAGAAGAUAUUUUGGUCUUUUCUGAACCAACAGUGAAAAUGAGCUUCUGCUUCCGACUUCCCGACGUUGUUUUAGGAGGUUUGUGUGUUUGAGCUGCAGCAGCACAGUUACAGCUCUAAAGUUCCGAGAAAGUUCUUGUUCUCCGACGUCUGCCUCCAUGAGACCUUUUUGUGCAGAGAAGGUCCCAGCAGAGCGGCAGGUUCUGAGGCUCAGCUCAGUCACACAGUCCCUCACAGCAGGUGCUCAUGUUUGCAUGGAGGCGGUGUGGUCUGGAACACCUGUACCUGAGCGUGAGACCCAUGAGCACACGUCACAUGUUGGAACAGACGUGGCUGGGUUCUGUUCAUGUUCUUAUAGAUAAAAGUCAAUCUAGAUUUUACUGUCUUAACUGAUCUACCGCAGCAUCAAAAGGAACAGAACUUUUGGCUGUUUUGUCUUUGAUGCUGUUGGACCACAGCACAUUUCUACCCAAUGAUGCAUCAUUACCUUUGCUGAUGGGUAGAAGUGUAGCUUUGCCUUAUUUUUAAUUUUAUUUUUUACACAAAUGUUCUUCAUCUGCAGUAUUGGGAGCACACAAGAGGAGCGCAGACCCUUAAAUGCAGCAUGUUGGUAUUUGGGUGCAGUUUGGACGUGGAGGUUAGCCCAACAACAGUCAAAGGAAGGUUCAAAGGUCGGAGCUGUUUCUGCAUAGGAAAUAAAGAAAAGUGUGAUUCACACCUAUAUGCUGAAGCUGA